AUGACAGAGAACGAGAAGAUGUUAACCGGAAAGGCCUAUCUGGCAUCGGAUCCACAACUAGUGAAAGCAAGACUUCGAGCCCGAGCACUAAUGCAACGAUACAACGGCUAUCCUUGGCCGACUAACGAGGCCGAUAAUCCUGACCCCGAUUACUUUGGUCCCGACGAUCGAAGGGCCCUCUUGGCUGAACUCUUCAACUUGCAACUCGAUGAUCUCAAACAGAAACCACUCGAAAUCGAACCCCCUUUCUAUUGCGACUAUGGAACAAACAUUACUUUCAAGGGUCCAUUUUAUUGUAACUUUAACCUUCAAGUCUUGGAUUGUGCAUCGGUGGUUUUCGGUAGUCGAGUGAUUUGCGGACCGAAUGUACAAAUAAAUGCAGCAACACAUUCGACGGAUGUAUGUGAACGACAAAAGGGUCUUGAAAGGGCUUAUCCGGUCACGGUUGGCGACGAUGUUUGGAUUGGAGGCGGGGCGAUCUUGAUCGGUCCAUGUACUAUUGGAAAUGGCACUACAAUAGCUGCUGGAGCGGUGGUUAGGGGAGAUGUACCCGCGAACGUAGUGAUGGCAGGAGUUCCAGCUCGAAUCAUCAAACACCUGAAUAGCAACACCAACAAAUCAGAUCACGAGUCUAACAGCGAUCUGAAACCAGGCCAUCCGAAAUCCUCGACCUCCAAUGCCAAUCAAUCUAACCAUUCCAAGUCGAUUGCCGCUCGAUCACCUGGAGGAGGCUCGAAGAAUCUCAAUCCAACCUCUGUAGCAACUGAUGAUGAUCAAGCCAGCGGACAUUCGGAGGAAACUAGCGAUCCAUUUGCCGAGUGUUUUCUGGCCAACAUUCCCAGUGCAUUAUCCAACGGCGAUUUACACAAUGCACUGAGUGUAUUUGGGGAGGUCCGGAGUCUGACGAUGGACCGAAGUCGACGGCUAGGGUUCGUACGUUUCGGGAGUGCACAGGCAGCUGAAGAAGCCGUCGAAGCUGGGCGAGGUCCGGACGGAUUAGUGGUGAUGAUGAAUCAGGAGACGAAUGAGAAGAUGGUAGUAGGCAUCGAGCGUCGACGGAUGUCAGAUACGAACAGGACCUUCAAUCCAGACCUGAUCACCUCGACCCGAUGCUUGAUUCGUCGACUGCCCAAUACGGUAGACUUUGACGAACUGAAACGGACGAUCGAGGAGCACGCGGGGAGCUUGGUCGAAUGGACCGUCCAGGACUUCACCUCCCCCGACCCCACCAAACCCUCGGUGGAUAAGUUUAUCUCCCUCGAAUUCGAGCAACUUUGUGGGGCGAGAGAGGCGGUCAGAUUGAGUCAGAAUAUCAAUGGGACCCUGGGAGGGAUCGAUGUCCCUGGCACCGAUGGCAUCAAAGCUCGGAUCGAGGCCCGCAAACAAUUCUCACCUCAAUCCGCUUAUCGAACUAGUUAUCGCGGUCAUCAUCAGCAGCCCUUCCAUCAUAACUCUGGAGGAGGCUACCAUCAAACCUAUCCAAACCAUCAUCAACAACAUCAUCCCCGGAGCAGUCGAGGUUCUUACGGCGGCUAUCAUUCUAGAGGCGGUAGUCCUAAUCAUAAUCAUCAUUACCUUACCAGCACCACCAACCCUGCUCCUGGUACUGGUGGUGGACCAGGUUUUAGUGCCCCACACUGUAGCAGGGACACCGGCUUUGAGAAGUUAAUUGGCUAUUGUGUGGAGUGUGAAGAGGUACUGAAUUUUGGUCUCCCUCCAUCAGACCAUCAGGUGACAGGUGUAUGUAUCCCCCAACACACCAACCUCAACUAUCCGCGGACCGCCCUCAACCUCAUCCUUGGCGACAUCGACCCCUCACGACAUACAACUCGCACACUGGGAGCAACCGACGGACGGUCAAUCUGCUAUUUGUCAUCUAGUUCUGUUUAGUGACUAAAAAUCAUACCGGCUCUGUUUUUAGCACCUUACGUCAACAGGCUUUCCUCUCACAAGUCGGUCCACACGCAUACUCUGAGGAUGGAACCCAAGAGAAUCUGGCUAUCGUACAACAAGAAGCUCAGUAGCGUCCAAACACAAGAGCUCGAGUUCGUCGAUGACCUCGCCGAGGCGGCCAGAAACAAAUUCUUGCCUUAUCUGCGUCACGUCGCCACGUCGGAUAUCACCCUGCAUGUCGAUGAGCGUACAGAGGCGCUGGCUACAGACUCAGUCCUUGCAAAAAUCGCGGCACAACUAUCCCCUUGCGGCAUCUCAAAGACUCCUCUUAUAGUGAAAGUAACAUUGGACGUUGCCCCGGAGACUCCUCUUAUAGCAAAAGGUAUUCCUGCCAUAAUCUGGCUAUCCAUUCAAGGGAAACCUCGUCAGGGUUGAAACAAAGGGACUCUUGCUUGUUGAUCAACUUGUGAAGGCGGCAAGAAACAAAUUCCCUUAUCUGUGUGACUUCAAGAGCUUGGAUGCAGAUGGGAUGGAGGCUCACCUUUUAACUAUAAGAGGAGUCUUCAAGAUGCUGUUGGGGGUGAGUUGUGCAGCGAUUUCUGCAAGGACUGAGUCUCUAGUCAGUGCCUCUGCAUGCUCAUUGACAAGCAGGGUGAAUGUCGGAGGCGCUGACUAGAGACUCAGCCUUUGCAAAAAUUGCUGCACAACUCACCCCCAGCAGUGUUGUGAAGACUCCUCUUAUAGUGAAAGGUGAGCCUCCAUCAAGCCUCCUUCCCUUCCACGUCCCAGCUCUUGUACCAGCAAUCCCAAGUUGAAGCUCUUGCUGAGCUCUUGUCCCUCUUACUGCCUGAUUAUUCAACAUUUUUUCCACUUAGUUCUAGCAAAAUGAAACGUUGAAGAGGACCUUGUAUGCUUCUGGAAGCCUCUACUAGAGGCCACUUUGGUAAACGUCGGGGGGGGGAUGUAAUAUUUGCAGCUAAAAGAAUCUUACAUUCUUGGACAACAAACACUAAGUCACUUUUACAAAGUGCAAGUUUUUUGAGGCCAACAAUAUCACCUAUAACAAAUUGGUUGUUACCGGUACCCCUG